AAAGAUGAAUAGGAGGAUGUCGCUUAGGUAAAAACGAAGACCAUCUAUCCAACAGGAAAGCAAGCAAAACCGAUGAUACCACCAAAGGCCGCUGGAGGAAUACUGUCAGCUUUGCGCCUCACCAUCUCCCGCAUCCACUCUCCUCAGCCGCGGGAGCCAUCAAUUCGUCCAAGGUUUCUGUCUUCCCCAACAAUAUCUCAAUCUUUGCAUGUUGGAUGCACCGACCCCUGGAUUCAUGCUUGACAUCAUCAGUUGAUGGAUGAUGCAAUCUUCUUCUCGAUAGCCAGGCCAUUGUUUUUCAGAAUUUCCGCGAUAGUGACAACGGUUGCAAUUGCUUGGCGAGGUUGAGGUCGAAGAAGAGGGGCUUCUUCGUCUUGGACACCUGGAUCCGGUUCUUCUUGUGGGAAUCGGCGGCGGUGGCGUGGGGAUUGUUCACGCCCUCCGUGAUCUCCUCCAUCGGGGAGUCCUUAUUCCAACAGACGGGAAGGAGGCGACGAAACCCUAACCCUAGCCCUCCGAAAGCCUUUCUUUCGCCCGCCGAAGGGAACCAUUCUCUCUAUUAAUCGCACAACAACGCACCGUGUCAGGCGUUGGGUGUCUCAUCGCUGUGGUUUUGGCGUUUCGCUACCCGACGCUUCUCUUCUCAGGUGAUCUUAUCUACCCCCGGCCCGCCUCCCUCCCAUUUCACUCCUCCUCCUCAUCGGGGUUUCUGCACCCUAACCCCUAUUUGUGAUGGAUCUGGGCGUCUUUGCAUCGUGCUAAGCCCCGAUUACAGCAUGGGAUCUCCAUUCCAUCUAUGAGAAUAUGACCCAACAAGUUUUAGGCUAAAGUCCCUCCUUUUUUUUGUUUCGACUUCUUCGGUCGAGAUGGUUGGCGUGAGAGAGGAGUGACAUGAGUCCUUGAUGAUGGGUCGCCGAGUGAGCUGGUGAAACGCUACCACUCCGGGCAGACGGUAAUCUCCAGAUGCAGUUCGAGCAGGAUCAGGACCUUGAGGUCCACGACAAUACUGGCGACGAUCGGUCAGAGGUUCCUCCCAGUUAAUUCCAGGUCUUGUGUGAUUCCUUAAACUUCUAUUGAAUUUGUUCAGAUGCAUCCGGUGUGGCAUCAGUGCAAAUGCAACACCACAUAUGCGCCGUGGGCCUGAGGGACCAAGGACUCUUUGUAAUGCAUGUGGGAUUGCUUGGACAAAGAAUUUGUAUAAACAGGGGAAAUUGAGGAGAAUGAUUGACUCAAAUAGCCCUGCAUAUGAGAUCACAAUGGCAAAAUUGGUGCCAGAAAUUGAUAUGGAAUUUGAAAGCGAAGAGAAGGCAUAUGAGUUCUACAAUAAGUAUGCAGGGCAUGUAGGUUUUAGUGUGAGAAAAAGUUCGUCAGGUAAAUCAUCUGAAAAUGUUACUAGAUCAAGAACUUUUGUUUGCUCAAGACAAGGUUUUCGCAAGGACAAAAAGGGAGCAAAAGAAGUAAAGAGACCCAGGCCAGAAACAAGAAUAGGAUGCCUUGCACGAAUGACCAUUAAAAUUACGCCAAGUGGUAAAUACCGAGUGACAGAGUUUAUUGGAGAGCACAAUCAUCAGCCAGCACCACCUUCAACAACCCACAUGUUGAGGUCUCAAAGGAUAACUAUUGAGCUUCAAGCUGCUGAAGCAGAUUUGUCUGAUGAUUCUGCAACGACUCCAAAAACUACCGGUGAGACUGCACCAAAGCCGAUUGGUGGUCCUAGAAAUGUUAGGUUUCUUCCUGCAGAUUACAAGAAUAAUCUCCGAUCAAAGCGUAUGAAAGCCAUGCAGAUGGGUGAUGCUGGAUCUGUAUUAAAGUAUCUGCAGAGCAUGCAACUUGAUGACCCUGCUUUCUUCUAUUCUAUCCAGGUCGAUGAGGAUGAUAAAUUGACUAACAUUUUCUGGGCAGAUUCAAAAUCCAUAAUGGACUUUAAAUACUUUGGUGAUGUUGUGUGCUUGGACAUGACUUACAAAAUAAAUGGAUAUGGUAGGCCUUUGGCACCAUUUCUUGGCAUGAAUCAUCAUAAGCAAACAACUAUAUUUGGUGCUGCAUUACUGUAUGAUGAAUCAGUGGAAUCUUUCAAGUGGUUAUUUGAGACUUUUAAAAUUGGGAUGCGUGGAAAGCAGCCAAAGACAUUAUUGACAGAUCCAUUUAUGCCAAUAAUUAAUGCUGUAGCUGUAGUCUGGCCAGGCACAAGUCAUCGCCAUUGUGUAUGGCAUGUCUACCAGAAUGCUGUUAAACAUCUUAAUCAUGUAUUCCAAGGUUCAAAAACUUUCUCAAAGGAUUUUUGUAAAUGUAUCUAUGAUUAUGAGGAAGAGGAGGACUUUUUAUUAGCAUGGAGAGCAAUGUUGGAGAAAUACGACCUUAGGAACAAUGAAUGGUUACUAAAGUUAUUUGAAGAUAGGGACAAAUGGGCUUUACCUUAUGGCCGAGACAUAUUUUGUGCUGACAUGAAGAGCAGUCUACAGACUGAAAGCUUGAGUGGUGUUCUAAAGAAGUUUUUGAGUCCUCAGUUAGAUCUUCUAUCAUUUUUUAAGCACUAUGAGAGGGUGUUAGAUGAGCAUCGCUAUGCAGAACUACAAGCUGAUUUUCAUGCAAGUCAAAGCUUUCCAAGAAUACCUCCUUCAAAGUUGCUCAGACAAGCUGCUAAUGUGUACACGCCUGUGAUCUUUGAAGUCUUUAGAAAAGAAUUUGAGAUGUUCAUGGAUUGUAUGUUGUUUAGUUGUGGUGAGGUUCAGACAAUAUCUGAGUACAAAGUUGUUGUCACAGAGAAACCCAGAGAACACUAUGUUAGAUUUGACUCCAGAGAUUGUUCUGCGUACUGCAGCUGUAAAAAGUUUGAGUUUACGGGGAUUCAGUGUUGUCAUGUAUUAAAGGUGCUCGACUUCAGAAAUAUCAAAGAGUUACCUCUAAAGUACUACCUGAAGAGGUGGAAAAAAGAUGCCAAGUCUGGAAGUGAAGGUGGCAAUCGGGUGAUUGCAACUGAUAGUGAUCCCAAGUCCCCCACAAGCUCAUCCCUGAGUGUUCCAGUGCCAUCCUACACGCAACAGCAGGGUUUUCAUGGCAUGAGUCAUUUUGGUCAAGAUUCAUCAGUCUCAGAUUUGCAUCAAGACUCAUUUCAGGCUAACACUCAGUUAAAUCAGGUUGUUGCACAGACUCAUGGGCCAUGGUCUUUGGUAACAAGAGCAAAUUCUUCCUAGAAUUGCCUUGAGAUAGGCAUUGAGAAAAUUUUGUAUUACAAUCGACUGAUCCACUUGUGUUAGGAUUCAGAUGAGAUGGUAAAGUGACUCUUUGCAACUAGUAGAUAGAUUAAGCCAACGUGGAGUCUAAUGUCACUAUUUGUCUGUAUUGUAGAUUUCAUGUUCAUGUAUCUGCUGAAUAAUUUGGAGGAUAUCCUAAGCAUAGGAACAUGUUGUAUCUGGCAUCAUACCUAGAAAAUUUGAUUAGCCAUUAUCUA